GCCGCGGGACAACACAGGCUGAGGCCGGGACACAGCGUCUGCCCGCCGGGGGGAAAGUAAAGGCUCCCCCGCUGAAUCUCAAGGUCCACUUGGAAAUCUGAUGAUGGUUUCUUAAAGGGGAAGUUCACCCCAAAAUGAUAAAUUCCCUCCUUAUCUACUGAGCACUGCCUUGAAGAACCGGGGGAAAUUGCUGUGAAAGGAGAAGAAUCGGUUGAGAUUUAAAAAUGAUUGAAACAAUGGACACACAGCGUGCCUUGCAGGCGGUGGAGCGUCUCCAGGCCAAACUGAAGGAGCGAGGCGAGGUGCCGGCCGAGGAGAAGCUCAGCCUCCUCAAGUCCGUGCUCCAGAGCCCCCUCUUCCACCAGAUCCUGGCCCUGCAGAAGUCGGUCCAGCACAUCAGGGAGCAGGGGAGUGUCCCGUCAUCACGAGGCACUGACACCAUUGAUCAACUCACAGCAGCGAAGCCCAAUGGAAGCUACGUUUCCUGCUCAGAUGCAUCCGAUGCUACACACACUAAUGGAAAGACACCGUCUGAAGAGUUUGAGCACAUCAUCCAGUCCAUGGCACAGGGGCGCUACGUGACUCAUGUGGAGCUGCAGAAGCCAGUGUCUGGAGGUCUGGGCUUCAGCGUGGUGGGUCUGAAGAGCGAGAACCGCGGCGAGCUCGGCAUCUUCAUCCAGGAAAUUCAACUGGGAAGCGUGGCUCACUGUGAUGGGAAGCUCAAAGAAGCCGACCAGAUCUUGGCCAUCAAUGGUCAGCCCCUGGACCAGACAGUGACCCACCAGCAGGCCAUAGCCAUCCUGCAGUGCGCCUCGGAGAGGGUGCAGCUCAUAGUGGCCCGAGGACCGAUACCUCAGCUGGCCAGUCCCGUGGUGUCCCGCACGCCCUCCGCCGCCAGCACGCUGUCCGCCAACUCCAGCACGUUGCAGCACGUCGAGACCAUUGAGCUGGUCAACGAUGGCACUGGCCUCGGAUUCGGUAUCGUGGGAGGCAAGACCACCGGGGUCAUUGUCAAGACCAUCCUUCCUGGAGGCAUAGCUGAUCAGGACGGUCGCCUGCGCAGUGGGGACCACAUCCUGAGAAUCGGAGAGACUGACCUCCACGGCAUGGGCAGCGAACAGGUGGCGCAGGUCCUCAGGCAGUGUGGCAAUCGGGUGAAGCUGGUGGUCACCAGGGGCCCUGUGGAGGAGAGCGCCUCGGCCUCGGCUGUCAUGCCAGUGGUGCUCCCCACUGUCAAUGAACAACAGGGCUACGAGGAAGAGGAGAGUGAAGCGUUCGAUGUGAGCCUUACCAAGAACACCCAGGGACUGGGGAUCACUAUCGCUGGCUACGUUGGGGAUAAGAAUUUGGAGCCCUCUGGUAUUUUCGUUAAGAGCAUAACAAAGGACAGCGCUGUAGAUCAAGAUGGCCGCAUUCACGUUGGAGACCAGAUAAUCGCCGUCGACUGGGUGAACAUACAAGGAUACACCAACCAGCAGGCCGUGGAAGUGCUCAAACACACCGGCCAGGUAGUCCACCUUCAGUUGAUCCGGCGGGGCUUCAGGCCGGAGGAGAUCCCCCCCGCCGUGACCCCUAGCGUCACCAUCCUGCCGUCCUCCACCACCAUCCCCACCACCACCAUCGUCCUGAGGGAGCUGGAGCUGGAGAGGAAGGAGGCCGAGGAGCCAGCUCUAGUCACCGCAGAUGAAGAGCCGCUGCAGACAAAGAGUGAAGGAUCUGAUGUCAGCGCAGCCAUGGAUCAGCUAACAGAAGACAAACAUGGGAUGACGUUAACACCCUUCGAAGAGGAACGACUGAUGAAGAAGUGGGAGGAGAUUCUGGGUCCGAGUAAUGAAGUAGUUGUGGCUCAGGUUGAGAAGUACAGUGAGAACAGCGGCCUGGGGAUCAACCUGGAAGCCAACAGUGGACAUCACUACAUCCGCUCUGUUCUACCUGAGGGACCCGUUGGUCGCUGUGGCAAGCUGUUCAAUGGAGACGAGCUGCUCGAGGUCAACGGCAUCGCUCUGAUUGGCGAGACCCACAAGGAAGUAGUCCGCAUCUUGAAGGAGCUCCCGCUGUGUGUGAGCGUGACAUGCUGUAGACCCGCCCCUCACCUGCAGACCGACAUGGACGCUGUCCAACCAAAACCAGAGGUUUUGCCCAAUCCAUUCAAACUGAAGAAAGAAAUAGACCUGAGCAGCAUACUGGCUGCCGAAGACUCAGAGGUGAACAGAGGAGCGGCGGAGCUGGAUAAUGUGACAGAGGAGGCAAUAGGAUCUCCUUUGGCCAUGUGGGAGCUGGCGAUCCAGAAUAUCGAGCUGGAGAAGGGCGAAGGGGGACUGGGAUUCAGUAUUCUGGACUACCAGGACCCGAUGGACUCUGCCAGGACGGUGAUCGUGAUUCGCUCGCUGGUCCCCAACGGCGUGGCAGAGCACGAUGGCAGACUGUUGCCCGGGGACAGACUCAUGUACGUGAACAGCACCGACCUGGAGAACGCCAGCCUGGAGGACGCCGUCCAGGCCCUGAAGGGAGCCCAGCUCGGCCAGGUCCAAAUCGGAGUCGCCAAACCGCUGCCUGGAAUAUGUGGAUAUUCCCACUCUCAACACUCAUAUGGUGCGCAGGAAAUAACUCCAUCAUCCAUCAUCCAUUCAUUUGACUUCACCGGUAUUUUGGUUGAAAGAGGAGAGGAAGAAGAUCUGGCUGAGGGCAUCGUUUACCGAGCAGUGCCGGCAUUGAUUGACACCGGUGAAGCAGACCUGUCUGAUGAAAGGGUGUUGGAUCAUUCUUACUCUGGGAUAGAGGACGACACGUUCCAGGCGUCCAUGAUCGCUCUUCACGGUAGCAGCUGUAGCGCAGAUCUGGAUUACUUGCACUCCUCCACGCCUAAGCUGACAGCCCGCCUGCAGUUGCUGGACGAGCAUCCGCGCUUCGGAGACGACACCGAAGCGUUCACACCAGAGAAGUCGGCCUCUUUCUCUCCUCCGAGUUCGAGAGGUCAGCUCCCUUCCUAUCAAGCCGCACUCGGCGGCUCCGAUCACUUCCUGGCUCAUCACGUGACCAAAGAACCGGUGGAAUGCUCCAACUCUUACAGCAAGUUUGCUGAAUCAGGAACCGGAUUGAUUGCACUGGAGGAAACAUUGGAGUCCGGUCACUACCUGGAGGAGCCCCCACCCAUCUCUUUUGGAGAUAUUAGAGAUAUACAGAUUUUAAUAAAGGACGAGGAGGCCGGCGUGAAUGAACCCGAAGAAGACGGAGACAAGGAAGCUCUGACCUCAGGGAGCAAUUUUGAAAGGACCAUCACCGUUGUCAAGGGCAACUCCAGCCUGGGCAUGACGGUGAGCGCCAUGAAAGACGGUUUGGGGAUGCUGAUCCGCAGCAUAAUCCACGGCGGGUCGAUUAGCCGCGACGGACGUCUCGGGGUCGGCGACCUCAUCCUGGCCAUUAACGGAGAGCCCACGGCCAACAUGUCCAACGCCCAGGCUCGGGCCAUGCUGCGCAGACACUCCCUCAUCGGACCGGACCUGGGAUCUGCUUGUUCACCCGAGGACGAUCUGUGCCCGUUUUAUGUAAUUACAUAUGUUCCAGCAGAAUAUCUCGAAGAGUACAAAACCAGCUCGGAGCAGGCUAAAGACGAUGGCUUCUCCGAAACAGCUCCGGCACCAGAUCCAGCUCCAAAAGAUAUUCCCAAUCUCCCUGAGCGUGAGGACGGAGAGGGAGAGGAAAGUGCCUCCUACAACAACUGGAACCAACCCAGAAAAGUGGAGCUGUUCAGGGAGCCGGGCAAGUCCCUGGGCAUCAGCAUCGUGGGGGGGCGAGGGAUGGGCAGCCGCCUGAGCAACGGAGAAGUGAUGAGGGGGAUUUUUAUCAAACACAUCCUGGCGGACAGCCCUGCUGGACAGAACGGGACCCUGAAGACUGGAGACAGGAUCGUGGAGGUGGAUGGAGCAGACCUAAGAGAUGCUAGUCACGAGGAGGCAGUGGAGGCGAUCCGCAGGGCAGGCAACCCCGUCUCCUUCCUGGUGCAGAGUAUUAUUCACAGGCCCAGGGCGCUGAUAACAGACUCCAGUGAGGACAGAGCCGCGGCCGUAACCAGGGACAAGGACAAGGAGGGUGACAGUCUCAGUAGACUUUACCUCCGCCUCUCCCCAACUAACCCUUUCACUCCUACCCCGUUUAAGCCGGCGAAGCAUGAAGCGGCGAAGGCAUCUCCCACCAGCGCUGUCCUCCCCCUGCCAGUGAUGCCCCAUGUGGGAGAGACUGAUACAGACACGCUGACGGAGAUUCCUGGCAGACCUGCUGAGGCAGAGGAGGUGGAGGAAGAGGAGGAGGAGGUGGUGGUGGAGGAAGAGGAGGAGGAUGAGUUUGGAUACAACUGGAAGAACGUGAUCCAGCGCUAUGGCAGCCUCCCAGGAGUCCUACACAUGAUUGAGCUGGAGAAAGGCAAGACGGGCCUGGGCCUCAGCCUGGCAGGGAACAGGGACCGCUCUCGCAUGAGUGUGUUCGUGGUGGGAAUAGAUCCCAGUGGGGCGGCCGGCAGGGACGGACGCAUGGUGGUGGGGGACGAGCUGCUGGAGAUCAAUGGGCAAGUCCUGUACGGCCACAGUCACCAGAACGCAUCCUCCAUCAUCAAGAGCUCACCAUCAAAAGUCAAAAUCAUCUUUAUCAGGAACACAGAGGCGCUGAACCAGAUGGCUGUGGGACCUGUGAGGGAGCGUGAGGGAGACACAGCGGAGCCCCACGCUGAGCUGGACACGGAGGCCGCUAAUGGCGAUGCCGAUGCUUCCCAAUAUCUCCAUCACAUCAUCCAGCUGGAGGACGACGGAGGACUUGGAUUCGCUUCUGUCGAGGGGAACACCGAGAGCGAAGAGGAAAUUCAUGGUGCAUCAGAAGUGGAAGGACCCUCCUUCCUCUCCUCUCUGCAGUCGACCUGCCAGGACAGGGUUUCCUCAGACAGGGUCCUCGCCAGCCUACCCAGCAUGCCUAGCGACCCCGAGGUCGUGUUGAUACCGGCAGAGGCCGAAGCCGACACGAGUCCGAGUCGCUCCCCCAGUCCUUCCACUCUGGCCUCUGACCCGUCGACCUGUCCCAUCAUCCCCGGCUGUGAGACCACCAUCGACAUCUCCAAGGGCCGCACAGGCCUGGGCCUCAGCAUUGUGGGAGGCUGCGACACUCUGCUGGGGGCCAUCAUUAUCCACGAGGUCUAUGAAGAAGGGGCAGCCUCUAAAGAUGGCAGGCUAUGGGCAGGAGACCAGAUCCUGGAGGUGAACGGUAUCGACCUGCGCGCAGCCAGUCACGAUGAAGCCAUCAACGUGCUGCGGCAGACCCCCCAGAGGGUCCGGCUGGCGGUCUACAGGGACGAGGCCCAGUACAAGGAGGAGGACCUGUGGGACUCGUUCAGCGUGGAGCUGCACAAGAAGCCCGGCCAGGGUUUGGGCCUGAGCAUCGUGGGGAGGAGGAACGAUACAGGAGUGUUUGUGUCGGAUAUCGUGAAAGGAGGUUUGGUGGAGACGGACGGUCGGCUGACGCAGGGCGACCAGAUCAUGUCCGUGAACGGCGAGGAUGUCCGGUCGGCCACUCAGGAGGCCGUGGCCGCGCUGCUGAAGUGCUGCGUGGGGCCUAUAAGCAUGGAGGUGGGUAGGUUUAAAGCUGGUCCCUUCCACUCUGAGAGAAGGCUGUCUCAAACCAGUCAGAUGAGUGAGACAGGCAUCUCCAAGGUGGCCGCCUCCCAGUCGUGUUCAGACUCUGGAAACCUUCCCGUCGACCCUGACAAGACCGGAGAGGAAUGCCAGGAAUCCCCGGAGCCGCAGGACACCAGAGCGGUGGAGUUCACCAAAGGUCCCAGCGACUCCCUGGGGAUCAGCAUAGCAGGCGGAGUGGGAAGUCCCCUGGGUGAUAUACCCAUCUUCAUCGCCAUGAUGAACCCCGUGGGCCUGGCGGCUCAGACCCAGCAGCUUAAGAUUGGGGACCGAAUUGUCAGCAUCUGUGGAACCUCUGCUGAAGGCAUGAGCCACUCGCAGGCCGUCACUCUGCUGAAGAACGCCACGGGCACCAUCCAGCUGCAGGUGGUAGCAGGUGGUGACACGACCGUGACGGGUCCCUCUCAGGAGCAGGCAGCAGCAGGACUCACGCCCAGCUGCAUUUUCCAGGAUGACAUCGGCCCCCCUCAGUAUAAGAGCAUCACUCUGGACCGAGGACCAGACGGACUUGGCUUCAGUAUAGUCGGCGGGUACGGGAGCCCUCACGGAGACCUGCCUAUCUAUGUGAAAACCGUCUUUGGAAAGGGAGCAGCGGCUGAGGACGGGCGGCUGAAACGAGGAGACCAGAUCAUGGCGGUUAACGGACAGACCCUGGAGGGCGUCACUCACGAAGAGGCUGUCGGCAUCCUGAAGAGAACCAAAGGAACUGUCACGCUCACUGUGCUUUCAUAGACAAACACAUAUACAAACAAACACACACUCACACAAUAGAGCUCACACCAGCAGUAUUUCCCAUCUGGGCGAUUGUGUCCAAAGCACCAGAUGCAAACUGACAUAUGAACAAACCCACACAUCGAUAAUAAUGAAGGAGCCUGUUGCCCCAUGUAGCUCUGAACACUGGGAUCCAUGAAGCCGACUAGAUGGAGACUUAUAUCUCAUAUUUCACAAGAAUCAAUCAAACCAAUCAUGAUCAAAUCGUAUGUCUUGUAGAAAUAUGAAUUUAUACUUUAAUUUUGUAUUAUCUUAUUUGGAUUAGUAAUCAUGUGGUUAACAGUAUUAGAAACUCCAUGGCUCUGGAUUGACAUACACACGUUUAAGCAAUAGAAGCAAUAUCAGAUUAUUUCUACAGAGCAGAGGUCUAUUUUUGUUUUAUUUUUACAGCUAAAUUCAGAGCAUGACAGUAUUCUUUCCUUUAGGCGACAAACAAAUUAGUAGGACCGAGCUAAUUACUGUAUUAGCCGAAAACAGCAUUAUUGGCCUUUUACUCUGCACGGCCGCAGGUAAUUCACAAAACUCUGAAUUCCCCGAAAGGCUGAUGAUGCUGUAACUGGUUUUGAACUCCUCACCAAGUCUCUGUUGUUUCAGCGAACGCAGCCUGAAGAGCAUUUCUGCUCCAGGGGCGAAAACGCCUGCUAUUGUAAAUACACUGUGUGUUGACACAUUUCUGAAGGGAAACAUGUGAAAUCCUUGGAGUGUUGUUUGUGGUUUUUUUGUACACACUUGACUAGUUGAGGAACUGUGAGCGUGUGCAUGUACGUGUGUGUGACCUAUUCACUGAGAUAUAGUGCUGCUAAAGCUGAUAUAAACUAUUACGUCAAAAUACUCGGAUUUUUAAAGUAUUAAACUGUGUCCGCUUGAUGAAAGUGAACAGAAAAGCAAACGAUCUGCUAUUUAGGGUCGGAGUGGACGAGUGGUUCUUGUUGUCAGGUGGAUUAUAUAACGGACCUGAGCUCAUUUUGACCAUGUUGUGUUUACCCAGAACAAAGACAUCCAGUGUUUUUAGGAAGUCCUGAAGGAUUCUGUCUUGUUGUCUAGUGUCGGGGGAGAAAGUCGACUGUUUUCUUUCUUCUCACCUUAAAAUGUGGGUCCGGUACCGUCAAGGGGACGGUAUUGGAUUUUAUUCACACUGAAAUAAAUAAAAGUGACCUUUGGAUUCCAUC